UCCAUUUUUAUCGUCUUUUUUUUCUCUGGUGAACAUCAUUGAUCAUUCUUUCUCUCGCUCUCUCUUAACAUCACGAUUCAAAACCCCAACCCCACCCACGAACCCAGAAACACCAAAAACCAUCACCAAUCUCAUCCUUCAGUUCUUAAUUGGAUUCCACAUUGUAAACCCAGAAACUAAAGUUUAUGCAAAGAGCAACUCACAAAGAGGUGAAGAAAAAAAAGUUGAAGUACAAAUGUUACUGGCGGGUCAAGUUCCAUAAGGAGGUGGAAGCAGAAGAAGAAUUAACGUCACACUUCAGUUUUUCAACCAAAAGGAGUGUAAUGACGCUUUUUCCCCUACGUUGCUUUCCCCCACGCUAUGUUUUUUUCCAAUCUACAGUGAAAUGACGGAACUGCCCAUGAAGGGCACGGGUGGAUCGUCCAAAUGAAAACCUGUCGACACGCUGUGCUGUCGUUCUCUCUCUUCGACAACACUCUUCCUCUCUGACAAAAAAUCACCAGAGACCCAGAAACCUCUCGGUCAAAUUUCUCGACCUCUCUCGCCCAGCUCCUCCACUUCUUUCUCACCAAACUUCAAUUCGUCGGUCAUACAACGAAACCGCGUAAGGUUUCGUCUAUCUCAGUCAACUCCGACCACCCCCAACGGCGGCUAAGGUUUCUAGGGUUUUAAUCUGAUACUCACUACAAAGAAGAUGAAUGGGUCGUGGAAGAAGAUAAGUUAAUUUCCAGCAUCCUGACAAUACUGUUAUAGCAUCGGGUGUAAGCUGCUGAACUUCAUUUUAAAUUUCGUUGAGUUUAUGGAUUAUCAGAUGUUGUGGUUUGGCAUGCAUUGCAAUAUGCAUUCUACACUUCUACACUGUCAAUAAUUUUGCAAACCCCGCAGCAACGCGUGAGUGCCCUGCUUGUUGAAACUCAUGGAGUAGAACUGCUGCAUGCGCUGUUUUCACAUACCAUCUGCAGUGGAAUCGGUGGAUGAAUCGAUUGAUAACUGUUUAAAACUGCACGUACAAUCCGAAAAAUGCUGUCCAAAGUCUUUUUCUCCUUGUGUCCAAGCAUACGAAGGCGAAAGAGAGAGCUCAGUCUUGAAAAAUGGAAGCAUGUUAUUGGAGGAUCUUAUUGCUUCGUGUGAUGGAGAAUCUAAUCCUAUUCGCACAUACUCUGCUGAUGAGCUCGUCAAGGCAACCGACAAUUUUCAUCCUUCUUGCCGUAUAAGUCAGGGUUCAUACUUCCUAGUGUUCAGAGGUUUCCUAGAUGACCGCUCAGUUCUCAUUAAGAAGUACUGCCAAUGGAGCUGGCGUAGUGAGGCUGAAGUUACGUCCAAGGCCAUUCGUGAUAUUAUCAUAUCGAUGCAGAUGAGUACACAUAAGAACGCUUUGAAACUCUUGGGCUGCUGCUUAGAGUUCUCUAUACCAGCUCUGGUGCUUGAAUACGCAGCAAAAGGAGUUCUUGACCGCCAUGGCGGUUUAGUGUUUUCUGGAUCAUUACCAUGGAAAACUAGAAUGCUAAUUGCAAAGAAAGUUGCAAAUGCACUUGCAUAUCUCCAUACUGCCUUUCCCAGGCCCAUCAUUCAUAGGGAUCUAAAGCUUGCAUGCAUUUUCUUGGACGAUGACUACAUUCCCAAACUCUCCAACUUUUCACUAUCGAUCACGAUUCCUCCUCAGCAGUUGCAUGUUGAAGAUUGUGUGAAAGGAACGUAUAGGUAUAUUGACCCUACCUACAUAACAACUGGGUGCCUUACUGAAAAAACAGAUGUUUAUAGCUUUGGUGUGGUUUUACUUGUAUUCUUGAUGGGACGAAAAAUUGAGGAUGUGGAUCAAGCAGCAGCAGCAGAAGAAGACGGAUCAGUUCCUAAAUAUUUGAAAUUACAUGCUUCCAAUGGUGAAUACAAGACAAUUGUGGAUCCCUGCAUUCUUGAGGAAGUCGGGGCAGAUGAGCAAGCACAUCAGCAAUUGCAAGAUUUCUUAGCUCUGGCACUGUUGUGCACCAAAGACGAAAGGGAAGAAAGACCAUGCAUGAUUGAUGUAGCCAAAGAACUUGUCCGAAUUGAGAAGUCUAUACUGUGUUACUAAGAAUCAAGAUUACUUUGAAUGUCUAAAUAGGAUAUAGAUCGGUUCAACAAUACUUUAUAGUUUCCUACUUCUAGUUGUUUAGCAGUGAGAUGGUCGCUACCUAGUCUUCAUUCAUGUGUAUAUCUUUUGCUCAAUGAUUUAAGGGCAAGUUCGAUUUUCA